AGGAGGCACCAGAGUCCAGAGCACGAGCUCUGGAAUCACACAGGCUUGGUUUGAAUCCUAGCUAAGCCACUACCCUCUGUAUACCCUGAAGAACAGUGGAAAGUUUAAAUGUUGUUUUAUCAAAUUUCGAAAAAGAAGUGAAGAAAGAACCUAUCUGCCAGGAAGAGGGACGUCGUGGGGUGCAGCAUCCAGUCGGGUCAGGCUCUGCAUUCCCUGCUCAGAAACCUUCGCCGCCUGACUCAUGGUGAUGCUGGCAGCUGAGCAGCCCUGGAGAAGGUGCUUCAGUCUCCAGGCCUCGCGGAGAAGCUGGGGAGGUCCCCGGAGGAGGCUGGCCACACCCUGGCAAGCUCUGGGUGCCUCCUGCACUCAGCUCUGAGCAGGCUCUGGCCUCUGGGCCCCUUGCGGGGAAAGGGCUGGCCGAUACAUACGCAGGGCUCAAGGUUAGGAAGCUGGUACCAUCCAGUCACCUCCCACUUCCUUCCCCAAAGGAGAGGGAGGUGAAGGUCCAAGAAGAGCCCCAAAGAGGCAUGGCAAAGAUGGAGGAUCACACAGAGACCAAAGGGGAGGACGAUCGGAAGAGGGGCCACCAUAGCAAUCGGGAUAUACCAUUGACAUCUAGGCCCCAGGAGACCAGUGGAGUCCUCACUUCCCUCAAGUGCGGUUCUGAGCCAGUGGACCUCCUUCCCGAACACCCAGAAGACAACUUGAGUGAGAACGCCCAGAUGUCUCCAAUGAGCUCCUCCUCAGAAAGCCAUGUCAUCUACUCACAUGGAGAUCCUGGAGAUGUCCUGCCUCCUUGGAAGCCUGAGUCCCAUGCCAUGGUGUUGUCUGCCCCAACCGCAUGCUGCUCCCUGCUGCUGGAGAGGCCAAAAAAAGAAGUGCCGGGUGAAGACCACUGGCCCAAAUCACCAGGCUCACUGAUGUCUGGAAAGGAGUUGCAGCGUGAAAAAUCUUCAGACAUCCCAUCAAGAAGCUCCUCUUCCCUGGUAUCUACCAGCAGUAGGCCCUGCAAGCGGAAGAUUCCCCUGCCGCUUUUUCUGCCACUGCCGGGACUGAAGUCGCCCCUGCUGCUGACAAGUGAUCGAGGUGAAUGGCCCCCUCCUCCUAAGCUUCUGUGCUUAGCUGCUGCCAAAAACCCAGGCACCUUUGUUAACAUAGUUAAGUCUCUCUCUCUCAGAACUAGCCCAUUUAGCUCCAGGUUCCUUAGCGCACCUGAUGCACUUACACAGCAUUUAAGAGAUUUACACAACUGGAAGGUCACAUCUUUAUUUCUUAUCGCAGGAGCACAACUUCUGUAA